AGACAUUGGCUUCCUUUUGCUACUAAUCUGAAAAUGGUGGCUGACAUCCAGAGCAAGCUACGCCUAACUCUUGGCUCAGUAAAGGAUCAUGCUUCCAUCAGCAAGGCCAUGAUAUACAAUCAUGAUGGGCAAGGCUUUUCUGACAUAGAGACUGCUGCUUUACGUGCAACUGGCCAUGACAAUGGCCCUGUACAGGACAAGCACAUGCGCGAGAUCCUCUUCCUGGUGUCGAACUCCCCAGGAUCUACCCCUUUUCUGGCUGAAAGGAUUCCUCGUCAUCUUUGCAAGAUAAGACACCGUGUGGUAGCUCUCAGGACUCUGCUGCUGAUUCACCGUCUCCUCAGUUGGGGCAAUCGCUGAUUUAAGCAAGAGCUCCAUAGUUCGCGUGUUUCUGGUCAUCUCCAAAUGAGCUACCACUCUUUCCAGAGGAGUUCCAAUCCUUCCCUUUGCUUCCUACACAACUAUGUAGCUUUUCUAGAAGAGAGAAUCAGGUGGGUCUUUAACCAAGCCGGAAAACUUGAACCAGUGAUGUCCAUAGGCUUGGAAUUCGGAUCCUUCCGGGGAAGUCAGUCCUUGAUCUGACAACCUGGCUGUAGCAGCCAUGAACAACACAUUGAACGAAAGCUUUCAAGUAUACUGCAAAUUUUCCGAAGCAGUUGGGACACUUCUCAACAUGUUCUUCGACUUAACAAUGCCUGCAAGAGCUUUUUGCCUGCGAGAUUCUUAAGAGAGCCUCACAGCAAAACCAAGGGCUUCACAACUUCAACGAGAACUGCAAACUAUUAAGAAAAAAAAUCUGGACUACCCUUGUCUACAGAUUAUACAAUGGAUCAUGUUUUGGCAUUGGAGCAGUGCUCGAGCACCAUGUUAUCCAGCUCCUCUGCUUUGGGUGACACUUCUCCAACUUUGGAUUGUGAAGCAGAGUUAGCAGGCUUGCAAGGAUUAGUGACAGAAAAGGAAAGUGAA